GCGCCUCGCAGGUCCGGCGGGCGGGGCAGUUAGGGGCGCGGCCCCGGGACCCCGCCCCGCCGAGGACUCUCGGGAGCGCGGGCCGCGGGCUCACUUCGCCGACACACCGACAGCCGGGAGCGCAGCGGUCUCCUGCAGGCGCCGCGGGUCGGGAGCGCGGUCUCAGCUGCUGCGGCAGAGUCGAGUUUCCAGGGGCUUGAGGAGAACCCGCCAGGAACCGAAGAUGCCGAAACCAAUCAACGUCCGAGUUACCACCAUGGAUGCGGAGCUGGAGUUUGCCAUCCAGCCAAAUACAACAGGAAAACAGCUUUUUGAUCAGGUGGUCAAGACCAUCGGCCUUAGGGAAGUGUGGUACUUUGGCCUCCAGUAUGUGGAUAAUAAAGGAUUUCCUACCUGGUUGAAACUAGAUAAAAAGGUGUCUGCACAGGAGGUCAGAAAGGAGAAUCCUCUCCAAUUCAAGUUCCGGGCAAAGUUCUACCCCGAAGAUGUGUCUGAGGAGCUCAUCCAGGACAUCACACAGAAGCUUUUCUUCCUCCAAGUGAAGGAGGGAAUUCUCAGCGAUGAGAUUUACUGCCCUCCUGAGACCGCGGUGCUCCUGGGCUCCUAUGCUGUGCAAGCCAAGUUCGGAGACUAUAACAAAGAAACGCACAAGUCUGGGUACCUCAGCUCUGAGCGGCUGAUCCCCCAAAGAGUCAUGGACCAGCACAAGCUCACCAGGGACCAGUGGGAGGACCGGAUCCAGGUGUGGCACGCGGAGCACCGCGGGAUGCUCAAAGACAGUGCCAUGUUGGAGUAUCUGAAGAUUGCCCAGGACCUGGAAAUGUAUGGAAUCAAUUACUUUGAGAUCAAAAACAAGAAGGGAACAGACCUUUGGCUUGGAGUUGAUGCCCUCGGACUGAAUAUUUAUGAGAAAGAUGAUAAGUUGACCCCAAAGAUUGGCUUUCCGUGGAGUGAAAUCAGGAACAUCUCUUUCAAUGACAAAAAGUUUGUCAUUAAGCCCAUCGACAAGAAGGCUCCCGACUUCGUGUUCUAUGCCCCCCGCCUGCGAAUUAACAAGCGGAUCCUGCAGCUGUGCAUGGGCAAUCACGAGCUGUACAUGCGCCGCAGGAAGCCCGACACCAUCGAGGUGCAACAGAUGAAGGCUCAGGCGCGGGAGGAGAAGCACCAGAAGCAGCUGGAGCGGCAGCAGCUGGAAACCGAGAAGAAGAGGAGAGAAACCGUGGAGAGAGAGAAGGAGCAGAUGAUGCGGGAGAAGGAGGAGCUGAUGCUCAGGCUGCAGGACUUCGAGCAGAAAACCAAGAAGGCAGAGAAAGAACUCUCGGACCAGAUUCAGAGAGCCCUGCAGCUGGAGGAGGAGAGGAAGCGUGCACAGGAGGAGGCAGAGCGCCUGGAGGCUGACCGCGUGGCCGCUCUGCGGGCCAAGGAGGAGCUGGAGCGGCAGGCGGCGGAUCAGAUAAAGAGCCAGGAGCAGCUGGCCGCGGAGCUGGCCGAGUACACCGCCAAGAUCGCGCUCCUGGAGGAGGCCCGGCGGCGCAAGGAGGACGAGGUGGAGGAGUGGCAGCACAGGGCCAAAGAAGCCCAGGAUGACUUGGUGAAGACCAAGGAGGAGCUGCACCUGGUGAUGACCGCCCCCCCGCCCCCGCCCCCCCCUGUCUACGAGCCGGUGAGCUACCACGUCCAGGACAGCCUGCAGGACGAGGGCGCAGAGCACACGGGCUACAGCGCCGAGCUCUCGAGCGAGGGCAUCUUGGAUGACCGCAACGAGGAGAAGCGCAUCACCGAGGCCGAGAAGAACGAGCGGGUGCAGCGGCAGCUGAUGACCCUGACCAACGAGCUGUCCCAGGCCAGGGACGAGAACAAGAGGACCCACAACGACAUCAUCCACAACGAGAACAUGAGGCAAGGCCGGGACAAGUACAAGACGCUGCGUCAGAUCCGGCAGGGCAACACCAAGCAGCGGAUCGACGAGUUCGAGGCCAUGUGAGGCCAGGACUGGGGUGGGGUGGGGCACAGGGGUGGGGCCUCACAUCUGGGCUUUGUCGGGGGAUCGCUGGCAGACUCCAGAGCUUGCAUUUGUAGUUCUUUAAAUCUAGAAUUCUCCCCCACCCCCAUCGAAGUCCAGUUAGUAGUUAUGUCAGCGGGAAUAUUCUGGGGCUGGGAUCAGUGGAAGCUUCCCUGGUUUAUUUUUCCCAAUUGUAUCAUUGUGCCAAACAGGCCUGGUUUCAUUAUUACUGUUAUUGAAUCACCUCCUGGUCUUUGCCUACAGCAGGACUGAAUUAAGGAAAGAUGCCUGUAAAGACAAUGCUGGCAUGUGUGAUACGAGAUUCCCUGUAAUUAAAACCACAUCGUGGCUUA